AAUUUAUUAUUUAAAUGAUAUUCAUUUUCCAAAUACAUUGAUGAUUACAGAGCAGCACUAAAAGCAUGACUUUAUGGAAGAUUAUGCAAACUUUUUUUAGUACUUAGAUUUAGUAUUUCCUCUUUCCUCACAACCAGGAAGUAAAAUCGAUUUGAGGACGUAGAGACAGUAAUAUACAUUGAGGAAGGCUUAAUCGCUACAGAAAACAUAGUGUACUGACGGAAUCUGAAUGAUGGCGCAGUGCCGGUUUGAUUCUUACCACUUAAUAAUAUUUCUCCUAAUGGUGGCCACAACAGAAUGCAAACAAUGUGACAUUUUCAACAGUGUUGAGACAGUGCUGAAUUCAGUAGUGACCCUUACAUGCCCUUUACCACGAUGGCCUGAAGUCACACAGGUCAUUUGGGAAGUUCUUCAAGGUGAAAAAGCAGAAAGAGUUGGUUCUGUAACCAACUGCUCCUCUUCCUGCACCAUAGAAUCCAAUAACAGAGCCCAGCGACCUCUAUGUAAAGUGAGAGCAGUGCAGGAUUUACAAAAAGGAACUGGAUCACUGAUCAUUAGUCCUGUGGAGAUCACAGAUGCGGUUUGGUAUCGAUGUACAGUGCAAAACAGAACCAGGUCUUACUGUUCUCAAGUAAAGAUUGCUGUCAAAGAUGAGCCUCAGCUUCAGACUCUGAUUAAAGAAUGCAAGAGCACCGACCCAUCUGAAGCAGUUCUGAACUCAACAUUUAGGCUUCAGUGCCCUGUGGCCAGACCACAUCCGCAUCUUGGUGCCUCACAGUUAAUCUGGGGUACUGUUGAAGCAGAUGUGCCUGUUCCUAUAACCCGCUGCCCUUCACAUUGCACCUCCAGUGGAGCCCAGAAACCACUAUGUGAGAGAGCAAAAACAAUGGAGGAUGGGUCACUGGGUAUUAGUCCUGUGGAGUCCACAGAUUCUCAGUGGUUCUGGUGUGCACUUGCAGUGAAUUCCACAUCAUGUUAUAAAUUUAAGCUUACUGUCAAAGAUAAUGCCACUCCUAAUCGGACUGUUAAAGCUGAAGGUGGUUCACAUGCAACACAAAGCCCACAGAAGCAAACAAAUGGUAGCAAUGAUGCAGUACUCAGUUCUAAUGCCACAGUGAUAAUUAUAACCUCAGCAACCUCUAUUUUCCUCUUUGUGGCCAUGCUGGUUGGAGUAUACAUCUGUUUCAGGAAACAGAAAAAGAAACGCACAUACGAAGUUGAACUUGAGAAUCCGUAUGAAGUUUUUGAAGAAAUUGUACACAAUGAUAUUUUUCAAUAUUCUUUAGUUCAGUUUGCACCUGCAAGCUUAUAUACCUUUGAGGACAAAUGAAGACAUCUCAAAAUCCCAUUCUGUUCCCUAAACAUGGCCAUAUCUGUUCAAGAUUUUUUGCCACUGAUGUAAUUCUGAAGUAAUAUUUUUUCCUUCCCCCUCCUCACUGGUAUAUAUUCAAAAACAUACCAAAUAUGUUAUGUAAUAUAAGUGCAUGUACAUUGUCUGAAUUAAAUUAAAUACCUGAUUGUAAGCUUAAAUUAAUGAUGUGAUUUUAUAUAGUGUUGCGUUACAUUAUAGGAUAUAAAUGUUAUCACUAUUGCCCAAAAGAAGAAAAAUCUUAAACCUUAUGGUGUGCAUUUUUAAACUGACAAAUAAACACUGUCAACUAAAGUAAAAGAGAAUGUGGCAUAUUU